AUGUGUGGGGGAACUGGGACCCUGGGAGCCCAACUGGGGGAAGAACGCGUCCGCGGCGGCUGGGCGGCUGGCUGCGCGGCGGCCGGCUGCAUCCGGCCGGCGCCGAGCACCGUGGCGCGCAGCGGCGGGGCGUCGGCGCUGCUGCGUGCAUCGCCCAACCGCUGGGAGCUGUCCUGGCUCCGGCAGCGCGUGCCGCUCGCCCAGCCGUGCAGGCUUCGCUUCAGCGCCUUCGUGCGCGCCGCCGACGGCACCGACACCCUCCCGGCGGCCGAGCUGCAGCUCGCCGUACGCUCCGCCGCCGCCGACGCGCCGUCGUGCCGCCUCGAGCGGCGGUGGCCCGCACGCGCGUGGGAGCAGCUCGUUCUCGACUGCCCGCUGCCGAGCGCCGCCACCGAUGCGGAGGCGUCGAUCGAGCUGGUCUCGGUGCGGUCCGACGCGGCGGCGCUCGUGGACGAGGCGCGGCUGUGGUGCGCUGGCGAGGGCGAGGAGGAGGCGGGCGGGAAAGACGGUGGCGCGGGCGGCGCGGCCUCGUCCGCAGCGGCCGUGCCGAGGCUGCUGCACUUCAUCUUUGGCCUCUCCGCCGACUUUGGCGGCAAGCCCUUUGGGCUCGUCCACCACCUCGUCAUCGCCGCCGCGCAGCACGCCGCGGCGCCCGUCGCAACCUACUUUUACUACGCGCAUGAGCCGAGCGGGGAGUGGUGGGAGGCGGCCAAGCCCUCCCUCGCGCUGCGCAAGGUCGUGGCGCCGACGAGCGUCUUUGGGCGCCCCGUCCGCAAGUUUGCGCACCAGGCCGACGUGCUUCUCUCCUUCGGCGGCAUCUACCUCGACCUCGACGCCACGCUCGCGCACGAGGGGGUCGGCGGCUCCAUCGGCGUCGGCAACGCCCUCAUGCUCACGCCGCGCAACCACUCCUUCUUCCGCGAGUGGUACGAGGCGUACCGCGCCUUUUCGGACGCGGUCUGGAACGGCUUCUCCGUCCGGCUGCCGUCGCGGCUCGCGGCGGCGGCGCCCUCCUCGGCGCCCUCCUCGGUGCGGGUGCUCGCGUACGGCGCCUUUUACUGGCCGCCGUGGAACCCGUGGGGGGUGGCCCAGCUCUACCGGAGCGAGCGGUGCUUGCUGCGCGGAGGGUACGCCGUCCAUUUGUGGGAGACCAAGGUGUGGCGCUCGCUCCUCUCCUCGCUCUCGCCCGCCAAGCUCGAGGCGCACGGCUCGUGCUUCGCAAAGGCGGCGCUCGCCGAACCCGAACCCAACCCUGACCCAGACCCAGUGUCGCUGUCCCGACCGCUCGCCGAGCUGCUGCUCACUCCGGCCGACGGCGCCGUGGCGUCGGCCGCGGGCGGCGGGCAGCCUUGCGGCGACGACGCGGGCGAGGCGUGCGCGGGGUGGGCAGGCGCUGGCGAAUGCAGCCGCAACCCGGGCUUCAUGGAGCGCUCUUGCCGCCGCUCGUGCGGUCUGUGCGGUGGCGGGUCCGCCGCCGGCGGAAUACAACGUCGUCCAGAGCACGACCUCUGGCGAGUCAGCCGGUCACUUGAUGACGACCUGAAGAGCAAGAAGAAGACAAGGCAAAACGACAAGAAGCGCGCCAAGGCCAAAGCAGCGGCUAUCGCCGCUGCAGCGGCCGAGGAGGCUGCUGCAAAGGCGGCUGCUCAGGCGGCCGCUCAGGCCGCUCAGGCGGCCGCUCUCGGACGGUACAGGUUGGUCAACGCUUGGUUCUAUCCACGCGGCGACUGGUACACCUUCUACUGGGAUGGCAGCUCGGCCGACAAGGUCGCAAGGCGCGCUACCUACCCGACGCUCGAGCACGACGACCACGACCCCGGCCCCCUCGCAGAGCGCAUCAGGCGCGACAAGCGCGAGGCGUCCCACCGCUCCUCCGACGACUCCUCCUCCGACCGCGACUCGUGCGGCACCGGCUCCACUAGCGAGGCGAAUGACAUAUUCGACACCCUCGAAGACCAUCUCGGCUACGGUUCCGACUCCGGCUCCGGCUGGUAG